AUGGUCCUGAAAAGUUCCAGCUCGGGACUCGAGAUAAGAACUCGCUCGGUGGAGCAGACGCUGCUCCCUCUGGUUUCUCAGAUCACCACACUUAUUAAUCAUAAAGAUAACACCAAGAAGUCUGAUAAGACUCUGCAAGCGAUUCAGCGUGUAGGACAAGCCGUCAACUUGGCAGUUGGAAGAUUUGUUAAAGUAGGAGAAGCUAUAGCCAAUGAAAACUGGGAUUUGAAAGAAGAAAUAAAUAUUGCCUGUAUUGAAGCUAAACAAGCAGGAGAAACAAUCGCAGCACUCACAGAUGUCAGCAGCUUGAAUUGUCCAGAAUCUGAUGGCCAGGUCACAAUUUUUACAGACAGAACAGGAGUUAUAAAGGCUGCACGAUUACUUCUUUCUUCAGUGACAAAAGUGUUGCUGCUGGCAGAUCGAGUAGUCAUCAAGCAGAUAAUAACAUCCAGAAAUAAGGUUCUUGCAACUAUGGAAAGACUAGAGAAAGUGAAUAGCUUUCAAGAGUUUGUCCAAAUAUUCAGUCAAUUUGGAAAUGAAAUGGUGGAGUUUGCACAUCUUACUGGGGAUAGACAAAAUGAUUUGAAAGAUGAAAAGAAAAAGGCAAAAAUGGCAGCAGCUAGGGCAGUUCUUGAAAAGUGUACAAUGAUGCUUCUGACAGCUUCAAAGACAUGUCUCAGGCAUCCCAACUGCGAAUCAGCCCAUAAAAACAAAGAAGGAGUAUUCAACCGAAUGAAAGUGGCAUUGGAUAAGGUGAUUGUAAUUGUGACUGACAGCAAACCAAGUGGAGAGACUGAUACUUCAUCUGUCAGUAUUUUUACUGGAAUUAAAAAAUUCAAGAUGAAUAUUGAAACUCUUCAGGACAAUCUUUAUUUUCAGUCAAAAGAGAAUCUUUCUGCACCACUGGCCGCCAUCUUGGAGCGUACAGAGGACUUCACUGAUUCUGCCUACACCAGCCAUGAGCACAGGGAGCGCAUCUUGGACCUGUCAGCCCAGGCGAGAAUGGAAGUGCAGCAGUUAAUUUCUGUGUGGAUUCAAGCUCAAAGCAGGAAAACAAAAAGUGUCGCUGAGGAACUGGAACUCACUAUAUUGAAAAUCAGUCACAGCCUCAAUGAACUUAAGAAAGAACUUCAUAAUACAGCAACUCAGCUGGCAGCAGAUCUGUUAAAAUACCAUGCUGAUCAUGUGGUUCUCAAAGCAUUAAAACUUACUGGGGUAGAAGGAAAUUUAGAAGGUUUGGCUGAACAUUCCUGUAAACUCUCUCAACAGAAAGAGCAGCUCGUUGAGACCUGUCGACUGUUGCGUCAUGUAUCUGGGACAGAACCUCUUGAAAUAACCUGUCUCCAUGCAGAGGAGACAUUUCAGGUGACUGGCCAACAGAUAAUUUCUGCUGCUGAAACAUUGACAUUGCAUCCGUCUAGUAAAAUUGCUAAAGAAAACCUAGAUGUAUUUUGUGAAGCUUGGGAAUCCCAAAUUAGUGACAUGUCAACACUGCUCAGAGAAAUCAGUGAUAUCUUUGAAGGAAGAAGAGGAGAGAAGUAUGGCUACCUUUCACUUCCAAAAUCAAUGAAAAAUAAUGGAAACCUGAAAUCAUUAAAGCCAGACAAGCCUAAUUCUGAGGAGCAAGGCAAGAUAGUAAAGCUUGGUCUUAAGCUGGGUUUACUCACCUCUGAUGCCAACUGCGAGAUAAAAAAGUGGGAGGAUCAGGAGAAUGAGAUUGUUCGGUAUGGACGGAACAUGUCCAGUAUGGCCUAUUCUCUGUAUUUAUUUACCAGAGGAGAGGGGCCACUGAAAACUUUCCAGGAUUUAAUUAAUCAACUUGAGGUUUUUGCUGAAGAGGGCUUAAAGCUUGCUUCAAGUGUACAAGUUUUCUCAAAACAGCUGAAAGAUGAUGAUAAGCUUAUGCUUCUCCUGGAAAUAAACAAGCUAAUUCCUCUAUGCCACCAGCUCCAGACAAUAACUAAGACACCUUUGCAGAACCAAGUGUUUCUGAAGGUUGAUAAGUGUAUUACAAAGACAAGAUCUAUGAUGGCUGUUUUGGUUCAACUUCUCUCACUUUGCUAUAAAUUGCUGAAAAAGCUUCAGAUGGAAAACAACAGAUGGGCCUCAGUUACAAGUAAAGACUCCGUGGAUGGUAAAACUUGAGAAGCUUUGGGGUCACAUCUCUGGAACAGCAUGUGGCAAAGCUGAUAUUUUUUAGAAAGCAAAUGAUUCUUUGUAUUUUCAAAAAUUCAACAGUUUUAUAAAGAAAACAGUAAUGAAAUCUUAAUUUUCCGAUCAUGAAACUUACAGUGAAGCUUUCUGACACUAAUAAAUGCCAUGGUAGUUACUAGA